GAAACGACAUCUGACAGUUCACUCAGCUGCACCGGACCACCAACAGGGAAGAACAUGAGCCAGCCAAACAACAGUGAGGACUGCUCCUUCCAAGAUGUGGACAAGCUGAUGAAAACCGUGCAGCUGGUGGUCCAUAUCCCCACCUUCCUCCUGGGCCUCCUGCUCAACCUCCUGGCCAUCCGAGGCUUCCAUGCCUUCCUGAAGAAGAAGUGGUCGGAGUAUUCUGCCACGUCCAUCUACAUGAUCAACCUGGCCAUCUUUGACCUGCUGCUGGUGCUUUCCCUCCCAUUCAAGACAGUCCUGAGCCAUGGGCGGAACCCCUUUCCAUCCCUCUGUACCUUGGCAGAGUGCCUCUACUUCAUCAGCAUGUAUGGCAGCGUCUUCAUGAUCUGCUUCAUCAGCCUGGACAGAUUCUUGGCCAUUCAGUACCCGUUCCUGGUCAAGCACUGCCGGUCCCCCAGGAAGAUCUUUGGAAUCUGCUGCACCAUCUGGGUUCUGGUGUGGGCUGGCAGUAUCCCCAUCUACAACUUCCAUGGGAAAGAGGGAAAGUCCACGUGCUUCCACAAUAUGUCCGAUGGCACCUGGAGUGCCGGAGUCAUUUUGCCUCUCCAGGUGUUUGGCUUCCUUCUUCCCUUGAGUGUCAUGGGUUUCUGCUCCUCCAGGAGCAUUUUCAUUCUGGUCAGCCGUCGAAACCACACCCGGGACUGGGUCCAGGAGAGGGCCUGCAUCUGGACCAUCGCAUCCAAUCUGGCUGUCUUUGUGGCCUCUUUCCUUCCAGUCCACCUGGGUUUCUUCUUGCAGUUCUUGGUGAGGAACGGCUUUAUUGAGGAUUGUAGAGCUAAGCAGAACAUCAGCUUGUUCUUGCAGCUGUCUAUGUGUUUCUCUAACAUUAACUGCUGCCUGGAUGUUUUCUGCUACUACUUUGUCAUCAAAGAAUUCCGCAUGGGCCUCAUGGCCUCCCAGCGUUCCAGAGGCUCCCUGGUUCCCCAGGAUACCACGAUUGACCAUCAGGGACUCAGGGAAGAAAACCCUGAUCAGAAGAAGGAAACCCCAAUCCCGAAUUCCAGUAGCAGAUGUCCUGUGCCAGGAUUUUGAUGUGAUGGGAUGAUAUGUAGUUCAUUGAUCGGUUUGCUUUUCCUUUAGAUGCUCAUUGAAUGCUGUCUUUGCUCAUUAUGCCCCAAAGACCUUCCGCCCACACCCAGACAGCUCAACAUAAAUCACCCAGUGUUUGGGGGUUUCUGAUGAACCUGAGAACCAGGUGAAUUCUUGAUUUCUCAGCCUAAAAAGCAUGAAGCAGAAGAAUUGGGAAAGAAAAUGAAACCAUCUGAACGAGAUUGGUUCCCAACUCUCCCCUAUCCUUCCAUUAGACUAGAAGAUUCUGGAAGGGAAGACAGAGAGGAGUUAGGAGAGAGAAUCAAGAGAGUUGGUCAUGGUGGAAGGUGUCCUGAGCAGAGAUGGAGUGGUAGGAAUGGAUCAAGCUCCUUUUUAGUUUGGGGAUCCUGGGGCAGAACAGACUUGUACUUUCCAGUCCCUUCUGGGGCUCUGUUGACCAACAACCUUGCAGAGAUGAUAGGACGUGGAGGUGGUCAGAGCAGAGCAAAUAUACAAAGAGAGUGGACUCGAACAAGUUUCCUAUGGGCUUUUGAAAGGCCUGUAAAUCCACCUAAACCUUUCUGUGCCCACCAGAAGUCUGCAGAAAAAUGAGGGGGUGUGGUGUGAACCAAGCUGUGGUGAAGCUGUGGAUACUUUGUGGAAGCAGUGGAGACAGAGUGGAUAGCUGUUGGUGACACCUGAGAGCCAGGAGAGUACAGGAUACACCUGGGGAAGGAAGGAAACAAGCGAAGGGUUGGAAGUGGACAGCCCCUCCCACAUUGCCACUGGCAUACCCACUCCAUGGAGCUUUAGCACUGGCCUGGCGUGGGAGAGGCAGUGGAGACAAGCCUGGGAGAGGGGAAGUUCCUGAACGUGACCAACUUGCUAUCUUGAACAGACUGGGGAGUUGUUAGACUUGGUUUCUUUGAAAACGAUGACAAAGAAUCAGGCUUGAUUUGCUUCAGCCAGAGGAGAAUAAGGAAAAUGUGUUUGUCUGGUCCACCUGAGUCCCGAUUGGGCAGCUGGCCAUGGUGGCACUGUCCAUGGAGUUGUCCCUCUCCAGUGCUGGGGGGUGGGGGGUGGUGGAGAAAAUGGGUCAGCCAGGAAUGGAGGAACCAUCUUGAGGGCACAAGGCUCUUGGCAGUUCCUGGUUGGAAAUGAAACAGUUGAAUCACGGCUUGGCUCCGGCUCCUCUAAUGAUCCAGAGAAGGAACAGCAGUGACAGCCGAAAGCCUUCGAUGAUUCAGCUGCUCCAGAGAGUCAAAUGACUAUCAGGAUAAAUUGUAGGGUGGUUUUGCGAGAUGAAAUGAGUGGGAGGAGAAGUAACAAAAGAGACAAGGGAAAGGUCUUUCAGAAGAAGAGCAACCACCUUCCACCUGUGGGACAGGAGGCUUCCACCAAGUAGUGGA